AUGGGUCAACCACCAGGCGCACCUGCCGCUGAUCUCCGUGGCCCGUUCGCCACUCAAUCCGCGGGCGUCCUCUUCUCGUCCCCCCGCGCGGCGUCUGCCUCGGCGUUCCCAAUGGAUACCUCCGCUGCCCUAGCUGAGAUGCUCACCGCCCACCGUCGAUCCCGCGACGGCCACUCUCCCGCGGCCCCUGCUGCAGCCUCUGCCACGGCCGCUGUGGUGACUACUGCGGCAGCCCCUGCCGCGCCCCCUGCUCUGGCCUAUUCGCCGGCGCUCGUCGACCUCUUCGCGGCCUUCCUCCGCGACUACGGCACUGCAUCGCCAGCAGCUCUGCCGGUUGCCUUCGCUCCGCCCGUCGCGCCGGCGCCCUCUCCCGUGCCCAUUCCGGCGUCCUCUCCGGCACCCUCUCCGGCUCCGCCUCAGAACCUGCAGCACGUGACCAUCCGGCACCAUAUCUCCACCACCCUGUCCAUGCAGCCCGCCAACUACACGUUGUGGAGCACCGUCUUCUGCAACAUCUUCGGCAAGUUUGCUGUUGAGGACCACGUCGACGCCACGCUCGCCCCACUGCAUCCCUCUAUGACAUGGCUUCAGAAUGACUGCACCAUCGUGUCCUGGCUCUACACUACAGUCAGCGAGGAGAUCCUGACGAUCAUCUUGGCGCCGCACGACACGGCGAUCGGCGUCUGGACCAAGAUCAAGGAGCUCUUCCUCGACAACAAGGUGACUCAUGCUGUGUGUCAUGACUCCGAGUUUCACAGCAUUCGGCAGGGCGCGAUGUCUGUCACGGCGUACUGCUCCCGUCUGAAGACGAUCGCCGACAAUCUUCGUGAGCUGGGCAAGGCGGUGCCCGACAAGGACCUCGUCCACAGCACUCUCCGCGGCCUGCGCAAGGAGCUGCGCCACGUCAUCCCCAUCAUCACGCGUGAGGUGCCACUGCCGUCUUUCCAAAGCCUCCGCUCCUUCCUUCAGCUGGAGGAGACGCGGGCAGCCAAAGACGACAAUGACGCUCCGACGGACACGGCGCUGCACGUCUCCACUGCUCCCGACGCACCAGCGCCUGCUGCUCCUGUAGCCUCCACCACCUCCACCAGCACGCCGUCCAAGUUGAAGAACAAGGGGCGGCAGAGAGGCAAGACGACAAGCAGUGGCGGCGCCCCCAGCAACCCAGCUCCACCUCAGCCCGCCCACGCUUCGGCGUGGCAGGGCAUGGUCCAGGCAUGGCCGUUCCAGUGGCGCCCGCACUACCCAGGUGCUGGCGUGCUCGGCCCUCGACCAGCUGCUCCUCCGCCCUACGCCGGUGCUGCUUUCGUUGCUCCAUCGCCGGCGGCCACCUUGCCCUACGCUCCUCCGUCGGGGCCUGCACCAGUGCCUCUCGUGUCCUACGCGUCUCCGUCGGCUCCUGCACCGCCACAAACCUGGGACCAGUCCGCUCUCAUCACUGCGCUCCAGAACAUGGCCGUUCAGCAGCAGCAUCCGGCCGGCACAGAAUGGUACUUCGACACCUGCGCGUCGUCCCAUAUGUCGUCUACGUCUGCUUGUACAUUGUGA